CUGUCUUUUAACUUUGCUAUGUUUAGACAGACUGUGUUAAUGCAGGUUCAAGAUAGUUGUGUACUGUGUAGAUGUGUGGCUAAUGGAUGUGGAGACCUUUAGAAUCAGAUUUCACUACAUUCCUUUAAUCUGAGACCAUGCACUGCCCUCUUCAAGAGCUAUAAAGUAAGAACAGGAUCGAAUAAAAGAAAUGAAGGGACUCUCUGGCUCUUUUUCUCCCUCUUUUGAUUAAUUAAAAGUACGUUAUUAGAUAAUAAACGAUAUUAUCAGUAGAGAACCUUGAAGUUCACAGUUUCCUGUGGGGAGUUUAUUCAUAGACGGAAAGUGAAACUACAUACGGUCAUUAAUACACGUCGAUCUUCCUUGACGCAAAAAGUGGUCGUCUGUCUUGACAACUAAAUGGAGAAUUCUUCACAUUUAGGUUUGAGCAGAUGACCAGAUACUCAGAAGUGCAGUUUAUGGUCAGCUCCUAUAGCUGGACUAUUCUUACAGAUACACAUUAUUUACAGACACUGCUCAAAUGUAUUGGUACGAGGCAUGUAGAAUGUUGUCUGGAGGAAUAAUAUUUGUAUAUGGCUAGCCCUCUGGAAGUGGAAGUGGCUUGCUCUAAAUAACUGAACAUCCUUUGGUUUGAACUUAAACCCAGAGAAGUGGAUUUAUUGAAAGCUAUCACUGCAACCUGUGCCAAGAUGGGGAACUUUUGGGAUUGUUGUGGACGAAAAAAUUCAUGUGACCAUACAGAGGAUGAGUCUAAAGGUUUAUUGCACAGCUCUGAAUCAAAGACAUCAACUAAGGCAGGAACGGAAGUCUGCACCAGUCCAACUUCAGAUGGAGAGCACAGGCAUGAAGAUGAAACAAAACCACAGCUGGGUGAAUCGGUUAUAACCACACAGCCAAAUGCCAGCGCUCAAAUUCCUAAUCCACAGAGCUCUUACUCUACAACAAUAUUACUAUUAAAAACUGACGGCGCUCUUGCUGCUGAAGUUAAUCACAAUGUUUCUCCUGAAAUGGCUCCAACAGAAGCUAUAAUCUUAGCUUCAGAACCACCAAAAACAGAGACUGAAAUCACUGAAGAAAUCCAAUACAUUGAAGCUGAAGUCUCAGAAGCAACUCAAGAUGCAGUCAAAGCACCUGCGGAGAACGUUGCCUCAAUGAAAGGGGAGAUAGAGGCUCCGCACGGGUCAGUUGAAGAGGUAGACAUCACAGCUGCACUGACAGAUGAUGCAGGUGUUACGCCAACAAGUUCAGACUCAACAGUCGCAGCUGCUGUGGAGACACCUGUUAAGGAAGCACCUGUUGAAGAAGCGACUGUGCUUGCUCAGGUAGAAUAUGAGAACUCCACCCAACCAGAGCCAGAAACACAUCUGGAGAUGAUUGUAGAUGAGAAGGAAAUGAUCCAAGCUGAGGAACUAACUCUGAGUGACACCAAUGAAGUGACACAUGAAGAGGCUGGUCUUAUUGACACUGGGGAUAUUUCAUUGAUGGGCAACAGCAGCAAAGAACCUGACUCAUGCUUUUUAGGUAAGUCUAAUGAGUCGGAUGUUAUUGAGGAGAGUGUAGCUGAAGAGACCGCUGAGGAACCCAUCGUUGAGCAAACAGCUGAAGCAGAGGACAACCUUUCAGAGGAUAUUCAUUCAGAGAUGGCAGAACAGAAGCAAGUGACAUCUGAAAUUUCUCAACCUCAGGAACAUUCACAGGAAGCUUCAUCUCCAAAUGUGGAUAUUACCAAUGGACUCUCUCCUGUCAUAGAAAAUGGUCUUGUGAAGGACCCAGGGAGUCUGAAAGUCGAGAAUGAAAUAAAUGAUGUCAUGGCGGUAGAAAAGCUGCCUCAAACAGAAGACACAGUCCAGGAAUCAAAUGAAGAAACCUUGGAAUCUGAGAGUAAAGAGCAACUGCCAUCUAAACCCUCUACACAAACUGACAGCACUAUUGAUGUGGACAAACCAGAAGUAAUGGAUUCUGUGAAAGAUCUAGAGAAGAGUGAAAAGGUUGCAGAGCAAGAGCGCGAGACUACAGAACUCGUUCAGAAUGGCCUGGACUCCACAUGUGCCUCAGUGCCAUCGAGCCCCAUUGAGAAAACCAGACUCACUGAACCAACCAGUGAUUCAGUUGCACUAGAAGACACUGAGGACAAAAGUGAGGUUCCUGUGUUGAGCGAGACAAAAUUAGUGGAGGAAGUUGUAAAAGAUACAGAAACUGGACCUCAACAAACAGAAGACGAAAAGGAGAAACAGGAAGAGGAAGCAAGUGUUGCCAAGGAAAACGAAGGAAAAGAUGACACUUCAGCCACCCCGAAAUCAGAGAUCCUUUUUAGCUGUAGCACAGUAGAGGUCAAGCUGAUACAGAAGGAUACAGAAGAAAGUGUGGAGGAAGCACACGAAACACUGGAUGAGAGUGCAGACCUAUAUCUGGGAGCUGAGGAGAUUGAAAUGGGAGCCAGCAAUAACAAGCCAUCCAAACCACUGCUGGAGCUCACAAUUCCUGGUGUAGAGACCAGAUGUAGCUUAGCACCAGCUGUGGACAUACUGGCCUACAGUGAGAGAGAAUGGAAGGGAAACACGGCCAAAAGUGCUCUCAUCAGAAAGGGGUACAGUGAGAUGUCCCGUAGCUUUAGCGGACUGAGGAGAAUCAGAGGCGAUAACUACUGUGCUCUACGAGCUACACUGUAUCAGGUGCUGGCAAACAGCACAAAAAUGCCCACCUGGCUGCAGGAUGAAGGCUUUCUAUUGUUACCAGAGAAGAUUGAAGCUGAGGAUCAUUUGAUUGGUGGAUGGGUGUUUCCUCCAGAAUGCAAGUUAGGAAGUGAGAAGGAAAGUUCUGUGGAGAGACUAAAAUGUUAUUUGGAUCUACUUAAGAAGAAGUGGCAGGAAGCAGCAGCCUAUGAGAGCUCCGAGGAGAAGCAUAAUUUGUGUGAGCGUGUGUUUCAAGGUGGAGAAGAGGAGUAUGGUCUUCUGGAAGCACUAAAGUUUCUAAUGCUGGCCAAAGCUGUUGAGCUUCAUCACAACAUGACGGCAGAUCAAGAAGUGCCUGUGUUCUGCUGGCUUCUGUUUGCCCGCGACACAUCCGAAAACCCCCAAACCCUCCUGGCCAAUCACCUGAGCCAGAUCGGCUUCAGUGGCGGGGUAGAACAGGUAGAGAUGUUUCUACUGGGCUAUGCCUUAAAGCACACCAUUCAAGCCUUCCGUCUAUAUAUGACUGACACAGAGGAAUUUGUGACACAUUACCCAGACGACCACAAGCAGGAGUGGCCCUGCGUGUGUAUUGUCACAGAGGACGAUCGCCAUUACAACGUCCCUGUCAGGAGGAGCGUUCAACACCAGCACAGAGAAGAUAUCACGAUGACCUAACAACAGAGACCUUAGAGAACAAAUCUGAUCUACAAAGUGGCAUGAUGUUUGUUUUUUGAAAAUGAUUUGUUGGUCAUCUGGUGAAGGGAAUUUAUAGCAAUUUACCAAGAAAAUUGCAAGCAGAAGUGCUCAGGUUUUUCCCCUAAAUGAAUCACAGAACUAACAUCAGCCUCUCAGGAAAUGCUGUGAUAAUUAACACUGGUUCGGAAAGGGGAAAAAAACCCUUACUGCCUUUUUACUUUAACGCUGUUAUUUUUUGUAUUAUGCACUGUUGGAGAUUUUGUUGAUUUACAUUGUUAAUGUUAAAAAAAAAUACUAAAGAAUUUACAACAAUAAUUUUAGAGAAUUUUAAUUCAAAAGAAUGUAUUGUGCGUAGGCUAUAGUACGGGAAAUGAGAUAUUGGUCUACUUACUAUAAGUUAAUUCAUCACAUACCUCAAAUUAAUGUUGUUUCAAAAUAUAAAAGAAAAUUUAGAAAAUAGCCAUGCGCGCUGAUUGAAGCAUUUUUAAACAAAUUCUGUCAGACAUGUCGGCCCAUUUUUCUAAACAUUAUUUAUACAACUGAAAAGGUUUCUGUGUUUUUUUUUGUUUUUUUCUUAAAUCAAUCAUGAUUUAAGAACUAUUUAAAUGAGGCUCUACACAAAAUAUUGUCAAUUUUAAACAUUUGGAGCAUUAGACUCUUAAAAAAAGCCAGAAUAACAUAUGUUUACAUGUUCUUAACAGACAUUAAAAGCAACAAUUACAUGCAUAAAUCAUGUUAGCAGGCUGCUGGCGAUAUAGAUGCCAACAAGUGUUCAACAACGCUUAAUAUUUGGCUCAUUGUGGAGUGAAUCAAGAACUUGCACUUUUUAUUUUGAUGUUUUUUUUCCCCUGCUCAUCUGAAUUUUUGUAUAUAUGACAGAUUAACGCUGAUUAACUUUAUUGCCAAACAUAGACAGUUAUACAGUAUUGGUUAUGUAAAAUACUCAUUUUUCAGGAACUGGAAGACAAGACCAUUUAAGGAAAUAUGAAUAAAAUAUUCUGUUCUAUGACUA